AUGUCUGAUCAAGCAGCCCAGCUCCCCAUACUAGACCACUUCGUCGUUCUUGUUUCACAUCAUGAUUUGCUCAGAAUCUCUCAGCAGCUAGAUGGCCAGUUCACUCUAGCACUGGGCGGCAAUCAUGCCGAUGGCCUCACAACAAACAGAUUGGUUCUGUUUCCAGAUGGAUGUUACUUAGAGUUCAUUGCUUUCUUUGACGACGUGGACCCGGAGAGACGCCGCAACCAUCGAUGGGGAAACGAGAAGGAAGGCACAGUCAUCGACUGGGCUUUCACUUUACCCUCAGAGAGCGACUUUAAACUUGUGCAAAAGAGAUUCCAAUCUGCUGAUAUUGAUGCGUCUUAUACGGAUCCAAUUCCCGGAGGUCGUACCAAACCAGACGGCACUAUCUUGGAAUGGGCAGUCUGUACACCCAAAGAUGGCAACGGUAAAGCAUCAUCGCCAGGAACUAUGCCUUUCUGGUGUCUUGACAGAACGCCCCGGGAGAGACGUGUUCCUUAUGAGUUGGAGCCGCAUCUAACGCAACACCCUAAUGGUGUGCAAGGUGUCAGCUCCGUACACGUACAAGUCCCUCAUGAGGACACAUCGAACCUCAAGAAAGUGUAUGAUCUAAUAUUCGAUGGACCCUGGAAGUAUAAAGUUCUUUCCGGUUCGACGAACUGCGACCACACUGUUUCCUUAUCCGGUGGGGAGGCAGCUAUCAAGCUAGUUUUCCACGGAUCUAAGCCUGGCAAAAUUGAGCUGUUGCCUGGGCUGUUCUUUGAAAUUGAGCUUUCAUAG